AGCUAGCAAAACACGAGUUACCAUAUGAUUUAAUUGUGGCGUAUAACAGCAAAAGCGCGAGUGGGAAAGCAUCUGUAUUGCGUCUGGACUAAUCUGAUAUCAUCUGGGUAGAAGCUACAUUUCAAGAAUGGCCACAGAUCCGGAAGAUGUGGAUUUGGAGAUGUCAAUUGGGCCUCAGGGAGCUGGUGAUGCAAGUAAUCAGCAGGAGGAGCCUUCAAGCCCAUCAGCUGUGCCUACUGUGUCUGAAAAGGUGCCCACCGACCGCGUGGACGGCAAGAAGGCGCGCGUGCCGCGGCGCGUACUUCACUUCAGCGACGGCACGAUGGAGGAGUACAGCACCGACGAGGAGGACGAGCCGGACAAGCCACCGGACACGCUGACGCAGCUGCGCGCGGCGGACACGAAGUCGAUGGGCUGGAUGCCGUGGGCCUGGUACUGGUUCCGGUUCGCCGGCUACAGCACACUGAGCGGCGUGGACAGCGUGGGCGAGCGGUUGGCGUACAUGCUCGGCAUCACGUCGCCCAAGUACCAGUACGAGCUGGACGAGUACUACGAGAUGAAGAGGAAGGUCAGCGACGCCCUAGCCAGCCGUUGGCGUGGCUCUUUGGCUAUCUGGGGUUGUAUAGGAUGAAGUCAUGUCGCGUUCUUUGGUUUGCGUUAAAAGGA